AGAUCAAUAAUUUUUUCUCGUUAACAUUUUUUUAUGAAAUCAUUUCUAUUUAUAGCAAAAUAGAAAGAGGAAGACUUAGUUCAUUGCAUUGUGUGGAAAAAUGAAACUAUAACCUAACCUGGGGGGGGUCAACUAGUGAGCUCACGGCUAGUUGUAAAAAAACAACAAAGAGAUUAAAGAAGACCAAAAGAAUAUUAUCACUGUUAUAUUAUGACAGAGGAAAAAUGUAUAGUGACGCACAUGUCACAUCAUGUGCAACAAAGAUUAUGUCAAACUCGACCACCUUACAGGCAAGGAAAAUUGACAGCAGUCAAGGUUUACACAAUUAAUGAUGAAUCACAGCAUUUGCUAAUAUGUGGAGUACCACAGUUAAAAUUAGUGGAAGAAGUGGGAAAACUUGUUUAUCCUUAUGGCGAUGUAAAGGCAAUUCAAUUGGUGACUGAAUAUCCAUCUGAAGAAUUUACAGAAACAUAUCAUGUGCAUUAUAUGCAUAUUCAAAGCGCAAGAAUAGCAAAACGCUCGAUUGAUAAUAAGAACUUUUUUGGCGGGAUUUUGCAUGUUUUUUAUGUUCCUGAAUUAGAAACUCUAGCAGAAACAAAAGCAAAACUUUUGCAACGUCGUAAAGAUGUAGCAAAGCAAAUAAAAAGAAACCAGCAGGAUUUAACAAAUCCAGAAAUAGAUAAAUUUAUUCCACGAGAACAAUAUCAUAGAAAAAAGAAAACUCCUGCUCUACCUCUUACCGAAGAACGACUUGAGCACUGUUAUCCUGGAGAAACGUUGUCAUCUAUUUGUGAUGGAAUACCUCAAAACAUAGAUCCACGACCUGUAUCAGAACCUCGCUUGCCGACACAUUGGAAGAGUGAUUGUAAUAGCAGCACUAGUUCAAAAUCAUUUCCAGCACCGUAUCACUCGACUGAACCAGUGAUACAGAUGGGAAUUCAGCAAGCAAAUAAAAAUUUAAUGUCGAAUAAGCGAAAAUGGAAAAAUUAUAAAGGACACAAUGUUAAGAACGAUGUGAAAGUUAAAAUUGUCCAGCCACGAUUGAUAGAUACCAGAAAUAUCGCGAGAUCAAAUGCUACUGACAAAACGAAUGUAUUUUGUAAUGUAAAGAAAGAAAAUGAAAUCACAAUCAAGUUGUUGAAAAAAUCUGAUAAUGACAAAAAGAAGAUAGUUAUAAAAAAUCCAAGUGUAACAUCUUUAGUAAAACUUAGCGAAGAUCUUCAAUUAUCGAUUCAAGCAGCAAAAACUGAAAUUCGUACAGUAAUGCAGAAGAAACUGAAUACUUAAACAAAUAUAGGAUAUUUUAUGAAAAAUCAUUUUUUUAGAUAAUUUCAUUUAUUUUAAUACGAAAAUUAAAUGACAUUUUAUUUGCAAUUAAUAAGCU